AGAUAACUGGUGUAUCCUGUACACUGAAAAGCUGGUGGAUCCUGUUUCUCUCAGCUUGCGUUGUCUUUGCAUGUAGGUAUGUGUGGUCGAGCAAACUCACGAGACGAAGAUGCAGGGCUAUUUUUUGUUUUCGACUGUGUUUUUCCUGUGCGCUGUUCUGUAGUCUCAAGAAACAGGCGAACUUAUGGUGUGUCUCUGCCCUAUGUUUGUUUUUUCACAGCAUCAACCUCCAUGUACGAAUAGGUACUACCUCUCAUAAGGAUGAUGCCAACACCCCAUAUGCAAUUGUCUUAGGGCUCGGAUCAAUCGCUGUAUCAACCUUUUGGAUAACUGUUCACUUGAAUUUUUUCAACAACUGGGGCAUUCAUGAGGGGGGGUGGUUCGAGUUAUUUAGUACAUUUUCUUUAAUUUUUUUGUGGAUAGUUGGGCUAAGUGUUUUCACAACAGACGGUAAGUUCGGGGAAGCUUAUCCGUCUAAAUGGUCACGAGUCUUUUAUUUUUCUUUAACAUACUUUUAAAUUCUUUUUCAGGAGGAAUUGCUGCGAAGAUGGAAGGUGACGAGUGCAAGAGUGACAUAGCUACUAGACCUGUUGAUAUUAAAACAAAUUGCACAGUCAGUUUGUUCAUAGAAGACUCGGCGGGAAAAAUAAGCAAUCAUAUUGUGAAUUGCGACCAGCUUGUCACAGGAGAGGAAUUUCCUGGAUCGAAUUUAUAUUAUGCAUGUUGGUCAUGCAUGCUGGCAUCCAUCGCUAUAGCGUUCAAGUGGAAAGCUUCUCAGGCGUUGAGAUUUGCGCAGGCGCAAGCAGAACAGCAGCAGAGAUACGAUCAAGAUGCAGAGGAAAUGUUUGCUGAUCACGAAGAACAAAACGAUUCGGGACUAUGACUCGGGCCAAGUAAACUCGACGUCCGAGC